GAGGAAACGGAGUCCGACGACCGAGUGAGUUCCCUUUUUCAUAGUUGAAAGAAUAUCAGUCUGGAGGCGCUGUGAAAGCCGAACUCGUACGUUUCGGCACGAACGUCUGUCAGUCGAUCGUACACCGCAGUCGUGCUCGAGCGAACGAGCGGGCUUUGUCGUCGUGUACUGUUGUCCUCUCUCGUUUCCAAAGUAUUGUUUCCGAUCUCUGUGGCGAUUUUCUCGCUCACCACGAAUCGAUCGGCGUCGAGAUGACGUUUUGGCCGUCUCCUCGUUGAAUCAACUGUCCCGUGGAGUUUAACCAACUGUGUCAGGAUGAUGCAGGAAAUCACAGACCAGUCCUCCAGGACGGUGCUCUUGAACACGUUCGUGGUGAAGAAGAAACGGUGCAGGGUCUACUUUCAUCGUGGCACGCUGAUCUGGGAAACAGAGAAACCACCGUACACAAGAUGGACACUACCAAUGACGGACGUGCUCGCGGUGCGUUACGGAGAUGAUUGGAUACCCGGUGUGAACGUCAAGGAAAAGCAGCCACCUACGUCACCUACCUCACCCACUGUGUGUCCGACGAAUUUUAUUCUUCAUUACGCUGUACGAGGGCCAAAAAACAAAUGGAGCCAUCACAGCGUCACGAUGAGCCACACCGACCCCAGGCAGGUCGCCUCUUGGGUCAAGACCAUCCGGAAUUACCUCAUGGGAUUGACACAUCGUCCAAGGAAGAUUUUGUUGUUCGUUAACCCUUUUGGAGGGAAGAAGAAAGGGUUGAAGAUUUGGGAGAAGGAUGUACAGCCUUUGAUGACUAUUGCUGGAAUUGAAACGAAGAUGCUGAUCACUGAGAGGAUGGGUCAUGCUCGUGAUACCCUCUUGAACGCUGAUCUUAGCGAUUUUCAUGCAGUGGUGUGUAUCGGUGGGGAUGGCACCCUAGCUGAAAUUAUCAACGGCCUGGUAUUGAGGACCUCGAAGGAGCUCCAGGUCGAUCCAAACAACCCGGAAGCGACCCUACCCUCUCCUCGACUUCCGAUCGGUGUAAUUCCCAGCGGAAGUACCGAUACGGUGGCUUAUAGCCUCCACGGGACGACAGACGUGCAAACAGCCGCCAUACAUGUCAUUUUCGGCGAAAGUACAGGUCUGGACAUCUCCUCGGUGCACAAAGAUCAAACGUUGCUCAGGCUGUACGCAAGCAUGCUCAGUUAUGGCUAUCUGGGAGACGUGAUACGGGAUAGUGAAAAGUUCCGCUGGAUGGGUCCUCAGAGAUACGACUACUCUGGAUUUAAAAAGAUUCUCGCUAACAAAGGCUACGAAGGGGAGAUUCAGCUUCUUUCUGAUCCUUGUCAUCCGGCUACCAGCACAAGAUGUAUAAAAAACUGCACCAGGUGUCUGCAACAUAUGCACAACAGCGUUCCAGAUAAAGAAAUAUCCAGAUGGAUGACUGUCAGGGGUAAAUUCUUUAUGGUAAACGGUGCAAAUCUCGCCUGUGCCUGUUCUAAGAGUCCUAUGGGAUUCAGCCCCCAUUGUCACGUGGGAGAUGGUUGUGUAGAUGUAAUCCUGGUUCGACAUACCUCGCUUUUUAACAAUAUCAGGAUGCUGUUGAGGUUGUCCAGCAAGGAGAAGACUGUGUACGAUCUACCAUUCGUCGAAGUGUACAGAGCAAGAGAGUUCACGUUUCGUGCCAUGCCCACCAUGCACAUGCAGUCCAACAACGAGAUUAACAGCCGCUAUAUGAAGUCGAACCUGAGCGUGUGGAACUGCGACGGAGAGGUAGUCGAUAGCUCCAACGUGAAAAUCAGGGUACACUGCCAACUAGUGAACGUAUUUACGAGACGAGCCCAAGAACCAGUUCACGAGCGACCCUGCUUCUGUUAGUGUCGAGAGUCAACUGGCGUUCCAGUGUCGUGCUGCUUAUAAUAAGCGAACGAUAGUCGCGUGUUUCCACGGAACAUGAAGCCACAUUCAA